CUUUUGAUUGCAAGGAUAGUAUAGAGUUUGGAAGUAGUAAAUUUGUUUUCUCGAUCGCGACAAGUGACCGGAACAAAGUAGAGAAGAGUGAUUCUUCGCUUCGAUUCAAAGACUAGUUCUUUUAUUCCCUGGGAUCGAACACAUCUGAUUUACGUAAGCUGAAAUUUCUAUAGAAAUCUGAGGAGAAUGGACAACAAAAACGUCGUCGUUUGCGACAACGGCACCGGCUAUGUAAAAUGUGGAUUUGCUGGAGAGAAUUUCCCAACUUCUGUUUUCCCCUGUGUCGUGGGAAGGCCUUUGCUUCGGUAUGAAGAAUCACUCAUGGAGCAGCAAGUCAAGGAUAUAGUUGUUGGGGAGACUUGCGCUGAGCUUCGGCAUCAGUUGGAUAUAAAUUAUCCUGUCCACAACGGUAUUGUGCAGAAUUGGGAUGAUAUGGAGCAUGUUUGGAAUCACGCUUUCUAUAACGAACUGAAAAUCAAUCCAUCAGAUUGUAAGAUAUUGCUCACGGAUCCACCUCUUAAUCCCUCAAAGAAUCGUGAAAAAAUGAUUGAGACAAUGUUUGAGAAAUACAAUUUCGCUGGCGUUUUCAUUCAAAUCCAAGCCGUUUUAACUCUGUAUGCUCAAGGUUUGCUAACUGGUUUGGUUAUUGAUUCUGGUGAUGGUGUUACUCAUGUGGUUCCGGUGGUUGACGGCUACUCAUUCCCUCAUCUUACCAAAAGAAUGAAUGUCGCUGGUAGACACAUAACAGCGUAUCUCGUUGAUCUACUUUCUCGACGAGGAUACGCGAUGAACAAGACUGCUGACUUUGAGACAGUUAGAGAAAUUAAAGAGAAGCUCUGCUAUAUAAGCUAUGAUUACAAGAGAGAGUCUCAACUCGGGCUCGAGACAACCAUCCUUGUUAAGAAUUAUACUCUUCCAGAUGGGAGGGUCAUCAAGGUUGGCACGGAAAGAUUCCAAGCACCUGAAGCGCUUUUUACACCGGAACUCAUUGAUGUUGAAGGUGAUGGAAUGGCAGACAUGGUGUUCCGCUGUAUUCAAGAAAUGGAUAUUGAUAACCGCAUGAUGCUCUACCAACACAUAGUUUUAAGCGGAGGAAGCACCAUGUAUCCAGGAUUACCUAGCCGUCUUGAGAAAGAAAUCCAGGAUAGGUAUCUCGAUACAGUUCUUAAAGGAAACAAAGAUGGCUUGAAGAAACUCAGAUUGCGAAUCGAAGAUCCACCGAGAAGGAAACACAUGGUAUACCUCGGAGGUGCUGUUCUUGCAGGAAUCAUGAAGGACGCACCAGAGUUCUGGAUCAAUAGAGAGGACUAUAUGGAAGAAGGCAUCAAUUGUUUAAACAAGAUGGGACAAGCUUAAAACUUUUUUAAAUCAAAACUCAAGGUUGUACUUUUUUUCUUCUUCUACAUUCUGGAUAAUUUUAGUUGCAUUUGUGAAAAAAUCUGGAAUAUACAAUUCGAUUUAAUUGUAUUCUGUCUUUUAAUA